AAAAAAAAUGGUUUUAGUUCUGAGCCCCUAGUCUCAAGCAUAUUUUGACCAAUACUAGAAACUUAACGCAAUUUGGUUUUAAGCAGGAUUUAUCGGUUUGACUGAGGAUUGUGUAUCUUUUGGCCAAAAGAUAAAGAGGAACUUUUUGCUCCAAUGUUAUACCAGAAAUUCCUUUAACAGUAAGCAUGUAGUCAGUUUCGGGUGACAGUUCAUCGACAUUCAACGGAUCGACUACAGUUGUGUUUUGUUGUAUAAGUGUAUAAGUGUUGUUUACUAUUCGCAACGAAGAUUGAAUUGAAAUAUCUUACAUGAGUCGAAUAAGUUUUGCAAACGUUCACUGCAGUGGAAUAUUCACAAUCACAACGAUUUUUGGUCAAUUCACAAAAUUUGUUGACAUAAAGAUAUGUUGAACGCAUUAUUUCGAAAAUGUCAGUGUAUGAUUAUUUUAAACUGCGUAUCAACUAUCAACCUGCUGACAAAGUGCAUUUUAAUCCAUGUUUGUUUGCGUACAGUGGCAAAUAUUUAAAUAUCAAAAGAAAGGAAAAACUGUCAAUCAGCGAGAAAGGCAAUAUGGAAUCUACAUCUGAAAUUACAAAGGACAUGAAAGCCAUAGGCAUUGAUGUCGAUAAGUCAAACAAUAUCCAUCAAUUUAAAGUUGAAGAAAAGUCGUCCAUGAAUUUAUGCGAUGUGUUGAAUGAUGAUCACAUUUGUAAGAUAUUCCGAUACUUGGAGAUUGAAGACCUUUGUGUUGCAGCCGAUGUUUGCACUCGAUUCCGAAAAAAUGCAAUCAAGAUCGCUGAAAACCGUUCUAUAAACGUCGAAAUCUAUUCAAGUCGCAUAUCCGGUCUCGAAGUAUUUAUCAGUAGUCGUCGUCCAAUCGGCACUUUGAUAAAACAUUUGAUAACACGCUUAUUCCGAAACUUUGGUCAGUGUGUCAACAUUCUCAAUAUUUCAUACGUGAUGCAAGAACAUAACAAUCGCAUUAUGGACCUCUUUACAACAUAUUGCUGCGGCGAAAAAUCAAUGCUCACUGAAUUGAAGAUAUGUGUCGACAGUGAAAUAAAAGAGGCUUGGAUACAACCACUGAAUUCUAUAUUCGCUCGCAUCGAAUCAUUGCAGCUAAAAUGUCAACACGGUGACUUCAUUCGUCUACUGAACGCAUGUAGGUCAUUGAAAACGCUGCACUUGAAUGGUUCAUUUGUAAGUUCUGGUCACAAGCUAGUUUUUUCGAAUCAACAUCUGGACUUGCUGAAGUUGGACUUUUCUGGUACGGAACACGAAGCUGUUGAAAGAUUUGUUGCGGCUAUUGCUGAAAAUCCAAUAUCGAUCGAUCAAUUGGAAAUAUCUGAUUUCCAUCUGAACUCGAAAUUAGCGGACAGUUUGGCAAAAUUGCAUGAAAUUUCGUCUUUGGAAAUUACGGACUGUGACCUUGAGUCUGGCGCAUUAGCAAAAUCGGUCAAUGGAAUGUUCAAAUUGGGAACUCUAUACGCGGAAGGAUUUUGUUUACACAGCUCAGAAAUGAAAGAAAUUGUGAUCAAUUCAAAAAAUUUGUCAUUCUUUCGAUGCUACACGUAUAAUCGACAACAUGUCAGAAAGAAUGUUUAUUUGGCAAUGGUUGCAGCCAUAAAAAGUCGAAGCAGUGAAUUUCCUACAAAAUUGGAUAUUCAUGUCAUCGAUGAAAAAAUCGAACUACACGUUCCGGAUAAAAUCAUCGAUCAAAAUCGAAUGUGGUUAGAAUAUCAUCUUGAAGAAGUUUAUAGCGAAGAAGAAUCUUAUGACUAUGACUCUGACUAUUCUAUUUAAAACCCUUCUAUUAAAAGCUUAAUAACAAUGUAACCCGAAAAAAAUAAAAAAUCGACUGAAUCGAUUUACGAAAAAUCAAUGACGAUUUGCACUGAUGUUAUACAUACACAGUGUAAAAUAUCGAAUUCACAUCAUUUUUGUUGUAGUGCGAGUAAUUCGACGUUUCACACUGUGUGUGAAACGUCAGUGUAAAUGGGCGAAAUACACAACAAACUGUUCAAUUUCUCUGAGUAGGCUUCUUCGUUUUUUAAGACAAGCAAUAAACAAGUUCUCUUUUAAAACAACCACAGAUAAAAAUAAACUUAGCUUCUGUCCCAAAAAUGUAUCCGGAAAUUUUAAAAUAAAAAUGCUGUCCAAUUGCUAAAAAUUGUGACUCAUAUGAAUUGAUCUUCAAUAGGAAAAAUCGCCCGCCAAUGAUGAAAUUAUAAUAUAAUAUCCAGCUCAUUUCAGCUGUACGUUUGAAAUACUAAAGUCGAUUAAAUGGCAAAAACGAUACUAAAUAAUUACGACUCUAAAAUUUCACAUUAAAUAAGAAUUUCACUUGGGUGUUCAA